AUGCCUACUUUUUCAAAGCCCCUCUUUUUCCCCUUAUACUAUGCUCAGUUUAAAAAUAUCGAGCGAGAGGAGAUUCUAAUAAUACAAUUUACAAUUCCGUGCUGGAGAAGCAGUCAGCAAUAUUACAACAGUAUGUCUAAAGCAAAGAGCCAGCAACCAGCAGUCAUCCAUAAAGUGAUUAUGGUUGGUAGUGGUGGUGUUGGAAAAUCUGCACUUACACUCCAAUUUAUGUAUGAUGAGUUUGUAGAGGAUUACGAACCAACCAAAGCAGACUCUUAUCGAAAGAAAGUUGUAUUGGAUGGAGAUGAUGUCCAGAUUGAUAUUCUGGAUACAGCUGGACAAGAAGACUAUGCAGCAAUCCGUGACAAUUAUUUCCGAAGUGGUGAGGGCUUCCUCUGCGUGUUUUCCAUUACAGAACAGGAAUCUUUCCAAGCAACAGCCGAAUUCAGAGAACAAAUUCUUCGUGUAAAGAAUGACGACAACAUUCCGUUCCUGUUGGUAGGGAACAAGGCUGAUUUAGAGGACAAGCGACAUGUAAAUGCAGAGGAGGCAAGUCAGCGUGCACGGCAAUGGAAUGUUUCUUAUGUGGAAACCUCAGCAAAAACUAGGGCUAAUGUAGAUAAGGUGAGUGACCCAUAG